AUAAAAGUGAUUAGAAACGCUUCACCCAAAAAGACUAAGUCAAUGCAAUGGCUAAAAGAAGUCCUUCUUUGUCUACUUCUUCAUCUGGCACUGAUUGCACUCCUCUUUCUCCUAACCACUCAGUUAUGAAUGAAAAACCAGAUCUGAAGAAUGUGUGUGCUAUAGUGAGGACAAGCAGAUGGCAUCAGUUGGGUAUACAGUUAGGAGUUGAUGAGGAAAUGCUGCAGGAUAUAGAGACUGACAGAUCAGAGACACAAGAUAAAAGAACACAGAUGUUUCGUCUUUGGAUAGCAAGCCAGCUUAAUGCAAGUCACAAUCAACUGGUUGAGGCACUGAGGCUCAAAGUAAUAGGAGAGGACAGAAUGGCUCAGGAAUAUGAAGAAAAGGUGAAGGAGGAAGCAUCUAAAACCACAGAAACUACUCAAACAGGAGCUCAAGUUGUGCAAGCAUCAACUUCAACGGCACCUGCUUGGAGCACAAGCACAGUUAUCAAUUCAAUCACACAAAAAGUAUUAGAAGUAGAUUUACUAACAGAUCAAGCAUAUAAAUUACAAGACAAAUAUCACAAGCUUCUUCUCAAAAUACAAGAACUAUCACAAAACGCUAAUGUAGGGAUAGUCAAAAACCUGCUAAGAAAUAUAUUGCAAGACAAUUGUAUCUAUCAGUCACAUGGACUUAGUUUCUACAAGCAGCAGAUUGAUGGAAUCACAAGCAUGGAUGAAGUAUUUGCUUUUCUCAUUGAGAAUCACUUCAUUGGUUACUUAAACUAUUACCUCCUCAUGAAAUUCUCAAGCAAGGUCAUAUGUGGAGAUCAAUAUAAAGAGGCAAAAGAGAAGGUACUAAAGUAUGAGAAACACUAUCGUAAGUUCAUUGACGAGCCAGCCUUUUACCAACUGAUUAUGUUUUUCGACGAAAAUCCUCAUUUAAACCCAGGCACUGUCGUGGGGCUACCAAUUAUUGUCAUUUGCCUUUCACAAAAGUGGAAAAAUCGAAACAAAAAAGAUCUAAAUGAAUGGACGAUAUUCUUGCAAGAGAACGAGCACAUACUCCAAGGUAUUGGAAAAGGAUGCACACUAAUUACUUAUGCCAUGUUUCCUGUUCACCUGCUCAAAGUUAUGAAAUUCCUAAGCAACAAAAAAAUAAUGGAAAGGCUUAGAGAAAACGGAAUAACAAUUGAAACUCCUUCGUAUACACUGGAAAUAGCAGAGAGACUGAGAGAAGCAUCAACAGAAGAGUUGCUAGAGGAGGAAGAAGAUACCUCAGAUAUAAUGCAGUAUCAGUACUUCUUACUGCUUGAAAAAGUAGAGAGGAUUCAAGAAGACCGGCUGAGGAUUGAACAGGAUCGGUUGAGGGACAGGGCAUACUACAUUGUACAGAUUGCAGUAACAAGAGCAACAGAGCGUGUGACACGUUACAAAUUCGAGACGUCCUAUGAGGAAAAGUUAAAUACAAUUCAAAAGCAGAUUUUUGAGGAUGUAGUGGAGUUACUUAAGGCUGAUACUGAAAGGACUGAAAGAAUACAUCAACGCAAGAGAUCAGAAAGAGGCCUCGACCCAGAGAUGAAAAAAAAAGUUUCAACAGACGUUUCGACAAAAAAAAUUAAGACGAUGCUAGAAGCUUCUUUGGAAAAACCUAUUCCAAGGACAUCCCAUGAUUAUGACGAUAUAGUCAGUGGCUUUGACAGUGGUUACGCUACACAAGGAUCAUCCUACACCAGCAGAGUCAUGCAUUACAUACCACAGUAACUUUUGCAUUACAACCUUUAACGAUUUACACAAAAUUUUAAUAUUAUUUGAAUAAUUGGGGCCACACUAUGGGGACUAAUUAUCAUUAU